AUGGACCUCGGUACCACCAUAGCUGCUAUUGCUGGGGGUACGACCCUCGCAGCUUAUCUGGAUGCCAAAUUUCACCUGCGCAAAGACGCACGAGGUUUGUUGGCACUUAAACGAGGGGAGCGUACCAUAGCUCGUGAAACUUCAGAGGGUCGAUUGAGCGCCUGGUUCGUCUUUUUGGAGACAGCAAAGAAGUACCCGGAUACAACAGCAAUUUGGACCCGGGAACGGACAUACACCUACCGUUAUGUUCACGAAACAGCAUGCCAAUAUGCCCAUUAUUUCAUAUCCGAAGGAGUUCAGAAGGGCGACCUUGUGGCCUUUUACCUUCAGAAUCGUGCAGAGUUCCUGAUCGCGUGGAUUGGCUUGUGGAGUAUUGGAUGUGCGCCCGCCGCAGUCAACUACAACCUCUCUGGAGAUGCGUUGAUUCACUGCCUGAAGAUUAGCGGUGCUACACUAAUCUUAGCCGACGAGGACCCAACCUGUCGUGCGAAUAUGGAGGAUUGUCAGACCAUCCUUACUGCCGAAAUGGGUAUGAAGCCCGUAACCUUGGACGACUCAUUCAGGAAUCAUAUAAGCAGCUUUGUAACCACCAACCCACCGCCAGAGAUGGCCCUUCAUGUGGACGGGGAAUCUCCCGCAAUCCUCCUGUAUACGUCUGGUACAACCGGAAUGCCCAAAGCCACUGCGUUCACCAUGAGUCGACUUUACGGCCAGUUCACCUUGCGAUCUGUGAGCAUUGGUGAUACCCCAGGGUCGGAUGGUGAUCGUUGGUACAGUUGCAUGCCAUUGUACCACGGCACUGCAGCGAUAUGUGUCGCGACAGCUCUGUCUCUCGGGGUCAGUGUUGCACUGGCCCCAAAAUUCAGCGUUCGGAACUUCUGGACCGAUAUCCGUGACUCGGACUCCACCUUCUUCGUUUACGUUGGAGAGACGGCUCGCUAUCUACUCGCACCUCCACCCUCUCCCCUAGACCGCAAGCACAAAGUGAGAGGCAUGUAUGGCAAUGGGCUUCGUCCUGAUGUGUGGGACAAGUUCCGUGACCGAUUCGGCGUCGCUGAAAUUUUUGAGUUUUUCAGCAGUAGCGAGGGUGUUUUCAACAUGAUCAACCGCAACGCUGGUCCGUUUACAUCUGGCGCUGUUGGUCACCAUGGAAUGCUUCUACGUGGUAUUCUCCGCAAUACCUAUGUACCUGUUUCUAUUGACUCGGAAACUGGUGACGUUCUUCGCGAUAGCAAGACUGGAUUCGCUAUUCGUCCUUCCUUGGAGGAAGGUGGUGAGAUCCUGGUGAAUAUUCCGAACGAGCAGGCUUUCCAGGGAUAUUGGAAGAACGAGUCAGCCACAGAAAAGAAAUUUCUACGGGAUGUCUUCGUUAAAGGCGAUUUGUAUUACCGAACGGGUGAUGCUCUCCGACGUCUGGAUGACGGCCGUUGGUACUUCCUAGAUCGGCUUGGCGACACAUUCCGAUGGAAGAGUGAGAAUGUUUCAACAGCAGAAGUUGCCGAGGUCCUGGGUCGAUUCCCCGGCAUCCAAGAGGCGAACGUGUACGGUGUCCUCAUCCCCAACCAUGAAGGUCGCGCCGGCUGUGCAGCACUUCAAAUUACUCCCGAAGCACGCCAUACUCUGGAUUUUGCGGAAUUUGCUCGCUUUGCUCGAUCUAAAUUGCCACGAUAUGCUGUCCCUGUUUUCCUGCGUGUGGUCGAGAACCCCCUCCACAUCCACAAUAACAAGCAGAACAAAGUGCCACUCCGAGAUGAAGGGGUUGACCCGGCGUUAAUUGGCAGUAAAGUGCCCAAUGGAAAAGACGACCAGUUUUUGUGGCUCGCUCCUGGCGAGGAGUCAUAUAGGCCCUUCGGGGAGAAGGAAUGGGAACGUCUGACAAACGGGGGUGCUCGUCUGUAA